CGUCCCUUUACUCAACCGUUGUACAACAGUUGUGUCUUCUGAACGCACCUAUUGCUGCAAGCUUUUGACAUUUUAAUAUUGACAAUGAUAAUUUUUUUCGAUUUCUGUAUACAGUAUAUAUCUCAUGCAGUAGAAGAUAUACAUAUAUAAAAUUGUUGUAAACUUUGUGAUGUGAUUGCAGUAUUAUAAAAACAACAUGCUUGAGAAACUAGUUGCGAUAAUUAUUAUACUGUGUAUAAUAACUACAAAUAUUUCUUUUACUUCUAAUUCUUCUAUCAAAGAUGAUAGUUACAAAUGUCAGCUAGGAUCUAAAACUCCAUAUAGAUGUGUAGCUAAUUAUAAUGACACAUCAAUAAAAUACUCAGGCUGUGUAGAGAAAAAAAUUUGGUUGAUUCUACGGCAUGGGACUCGGUAUCCAGGCAAAAAGUAUAUACCUCGUAUGUUAGAUGAAUUACCAAAACUGCAAUAUUUAAUAUUAAAAAAUUAUGAAGAAGGUAGAACAAGAUUAUCGGCUGAUGACAUAGCUUUACUUAAGAAGUGGAGACCACUGUUGACUCCAAAUGAUACAAUGAAAUUAGCACCAGAGGGAGAAAAUGAAAUGGUUGAUCUUGGAGAGAGGUAUCAAGCAAGAUUUCCUUCUUUGAUGCCAGAAAUCUAUAGUAAUCAGACCUACAAAUUUAGGUACACCUCAACUCAACGCACAGAAGAGAGUGCAAGACACUUUGCUGCUGGAUUAUUUGGUUGGCGAAAUAGUCAAUGUGUUUGGUAUCCAGAACCAAUAUAUAAAGACCCAAUUAUAAGGUUUUACAAAGCUUGUCCUCGCUGGCAUCAGGAAGUUGAUAAGAAUCCAAAAGCAAGAGCAGAAAAGAAAAAAUUUCUGGAAAGCAAGUUUGUUACUGAUAUGUUGGAUAAUAUUAAAAAUUAUAUUGGCCAUAGUGUUAAUUAUGAGACUGCACUUUUAAUGCACACCAUGUGUGCCUUUGAGACUGCUUGGGACCAAAGUAUAGUGUCUCCUUGGUGCAAGAUGUUUUCCUUAAAUGAUUUUAAGGUCUUUGAAUUUGCAGAAGAUUUAGAAUUCUAUUGGAUCGAUGGAUAUGGAUAUCAGCUAACGUAUGAACAAGCAUGUCCUGUCUUAAAAGACAUGUUUGACUUUCUUUCGUCUAAGGAAAGUCCAACAACAACGGUUUAUUUUACUCAUUCUGGAGCCAUUCUAAAAUUCCUAGCUUUAAUCGGAGUAGCUAAAGACACACAUCCUUUAAUGCAUGAUUCUUUUACUUUACACGGGGAAGAUGAAAGAGCAUGGAAAAGUAGUAUUAUUGAUGCGUUUGCAUCUAAUAUCGCAUUCGUUUUAUAUGAUUGCGUAUCCCAGGGUCCUAGUGUUCUAUUUAUGUUUCAAGAACAGCCACUAUAUUUACCAAGCUGCCCUAGUGACAAGCCAUGUCCAAUAUCUAUUAUGAAGGAUAUAUAUCCAGAUAGCGACGAAGAAUGCCUCUUUGAUGUUAUGUGCCAUACGUCAACGCAAGACAAUUAGGAACGCUUUUAUAGUAAAUUUUGUUGUAGUGCUUUAACAUUUGCUAGAUUCAAGAACUUUAGACAUUUUUAAUAUAAUACAUUUUAUAUGAAGAAAUAAUAUAUUAAAUUGUGAUAUUUAUAAUAUACAACAAAUUCGUACAUAAAAAAUAUGUAAUAUA